AUGAAGUCUCCACCUCUUCUUGUGGUUGCGCUCAUGGCGUGCAUUGUUGUUUUGGGUUUCAAUUACUGGAUUACAAGUUCUCGCAGCGUGGAUCUGCAGGGUCGGAUCAUGGAUCUGGAAGGCAAAGUCCGCAGGGCAGCAGCAGAGAGGGGUGCUGUGGAGCUCAAAAAGAAUGAAUUCCAAGGGGAGCUAGAGAAGCAGCAACAUCAGAUCGACAAAAUCCUGUCCUUGCACAGCCUUCAGAUGGAAAAUGCCAACAGAGUACAUCAGGAAGAGAAGGCAGCACUGAUGAGCAACAUCACAGCAAAUGAACGACUGAUUCAGAGUCUACAAGAACACUUGAAAGAGUUACAGACAGAAUAUGGAAGGCUACAGCUGGAUGUUUACUGGUUUCAGAAGAACCAGACUAACCUUCAGAGGAAGUUCUCGUAUGACCUGUCACAGUGCAUCAACCAGAUGAAAGAAUUAAAAGAUCAAUAUGAAGAAAGGAUAGACGAGCUUACAAAAAAGGGUAAUGAUAUACCAGAAAUCAAAGAAAACAAAGACUUCUCAGAAGAUGUAAAAAAACAAAGCCAGGCUGAUGUUCAGCUGCCAGCCUUGAAGCCAACAGAGUUGAAACAGGCUGACUUGGAACAGCAGAAACCUGAUGAAGAUGUACUUAAAGCAGUACCUACAGUAAAAAAGAUAGACCUGCAGGCUGAAGAAAGAAUAAACAGCCUAGCUGACACCAGAAGACAGGAGCCUAGAGCAGAAGAGGAGAAACUUCCCAGUGAACUGAAAAUGCCACAGGAUUCACUCAAGACUGCUGCAGUUCAAAAGGAGAUGCUGCCCAAGUUAGAGAAGGAGCCAAAUCCAUCUCAAGAUGAAAAACACGGAGCUGGGCAAGAUGCAUUAGAGCCACCAGCAGAGCAGGCUGCUAUUGAGGAAACGGAGAGGGAGCAGCUCCUAAACUACGAUGCUAAGCAGGAUGACUUGCCCCCUGAAAAGGCUGACAACCAGGAACCACAUGAAGCACUGAACCAGGACAAGAACGUUGAUUACAAUUUGGAUGAGAAUGAAGCUGAAUCAGAAACAGACAAGCAAGCAGCUCUUGCAGGGAUUGAAAAUGUUCAAAACCCUGAAGACAUUGAGAACCACUUACCUGAGCAAGCUGAAGUAUGA